UCGCCAGCCGAGCCCACAAAGUGCUGGCGUGCGGCGACGUGACCGGCCGGCCGCGUGGGUGCCCGAGGGAGCCAACGAGGGAGCGGGCGAAGGACGCGACCGGGCCCUGGGCCUCGCGGAACUCCAGCCUUCGCCGCCGCGUCACGCACACACACGCUCGCCGCCGGAGCCGCACAUAACGGCUUCAGAAUACUGGAAGAGAAGUAGAUUCUAGCAGAAAUACCACCUGUUAUAUUCAUAUACUCAUUUAUACUCAAAGUAAUAUAAAGAGCACAAUCCUAACAACACAUCUUUUUGUCAGUUUAAUCCAGCCACUCCGUUUCUUCAGAUUCUGGAAUAAGAUACUCAGAUUUGAACUGCCUUUCGGAAUUCAUCUACCCUUAAAAUGCCACCAGCAGUUGGAGGUCCAGUGGGAUACACCCCCCCAGAUGGAGGCUGGGGGUGGGCAGUGGUAUUUGGAGCUUUCAUUUCCAUCGGCUUCUCUUAUGCAUUUCCCAAGUCUAUUACUGUGUUCUUCAAAGAAAUUGAAGAAAUAUUCCAUGCCACCAGCAGUGAAGUGUCAUGGAUAUCCUCCAUCAUGCUGGCUGUCAUGUAUGGUGGAGGUCCUGUCAGCAGUAUCCUCGUGAAUAAAUAUGGCAGUCGUCCAGUCAUGAUUGUUGGUGGAUGCUUGUCAGGAAGUGGCCUGAUUGCAGCUUCGUUCUCUAACAGUGUACAGGGGCUUUACUUUUGUAUUGGAGUCAUUGGAGGUCUUGGGCUUGCCUUCAACUUGAAUCCAGCUCUGACCAUGAUUGGCAAGUAUUUCUACAAGAAGCGGCCGUUGGCAAAUGGACUGGCCAUGGCAGGCAGUCCUGUGUUCCUCUCUACUCUGGCCCCCCUCAAUCAGGCUUUCUUCGGUAUCUUUGGCUGGAGAGGAAGUUUCCUAAUUCUUGGAGGCUUACUACUAAACUGCUGUGUGGCUGGAUCCCUGAUGCGACCAAUAGGGCCCCCCCCAGCCAGAGCGGAGAAAUAUCAGCCUACAGAAACCAUUCAGGAAGCUGGAAAGUCUGGUUCAAAAGUGGCAGGUGAUGCAAAUACAGAUCUCAUUGGAGAAAACCCCAAAAAGGAGAAAAAGUCAGUAUUGCAAACAAUUAAUCAGUUCCUGGACUUUUCCUUGUUCACUCACAGAGGCUUUUUGCUAUACCUCUCCGGAAACGUGAUCAUGUUUUUUGGACUGUUUGCUCCUUUGGUCUUUCUUAGUAAUUAUGGCAAGAGUCAGCAUUACUCUAAUGAGAAGUCUGCCCUCCUCCUUUCCAUUCUGGCUUUUGUUGAUAUGUUUGCCAGACCAUCUAUGGGACUUUUAGCCAACACAAGGUGGAUAAGACCUCGAGUUCAAUAUUUUUUUGCUGCUUCUAUUAUUGCAAAUGGACUGUGUCAUAUGGUAGCACCGUUGACUAACAGCUAUAUCGGGCUCUGUAUUUAUGCUGGAGUUUUUGGGUUUGCAUUUGGGUGGCUCAGCUCGGUAUUGUUUGAAACACUGAUGGACCUCGUUGGACCCCAGAAGUUCUCCAGCGCCGUGGGGUUGGUGACCAUUGUGGAAUGCGGUCCUGUCCUCCUCGGGCCACCACUUUUAGGUCGUCUCCAUGACAUUUACGGAGACUACAAAUACACGUACUGGGCCUGUGGCAUAGUUCUCAUUUUCGCAGGCAUCUAUCUCUUCAUUGGCAUGGGCAUCAAUUAUCGAAUUAUUGAAAGAAAAAAGAAAGCGAGGCAGCAGAAAAAGGAGAGUAAAGAGGAAGAGGCCAGUAUAGAGGGUGAGACGCCAAAAGCAGUUACCAGCAAAGCAGAAUCGCCAGAGCAAAAAGGCACCGAAGGAAGCCCCACGGAGGAGGAGAGUCCCGUCUGAGCCUGUGGGCUGAAGGGUAAAUGGAGCAGCUUGUGACCCAAGAUCUCUGAAAACGUUCUCCUGGCCUGUCAUCUCCCAGUGGUGCUCAACGCAAAUAGUGGACAUUUGUGUGGAAACCCUACCAGGUGUUCCUGAUGGAAUUUUUGUUUCACUCCUUACCAUUAGUCCAAAUUUAAAAUGCCAUCCUUUGGGGAGGGAGUGGUUGGCAAAGAAUGAAGGGAAGAAGUCGGGUAUGUUUUUUGUUUUUUUUUUAAAUCUUAGCUUUUAACAGUGUCAUGAAGAUUAUAAUAUGUGCCUUAAGUUUUAGUCUUUAGAAUCUUUAAGGAGCCUUAACUUUUCAAACCACUCUGCUGAAUUCAUCUAUUUUAAGUGUUCCGUUAAAAAGAAAAAUAACUUGAUCGAAGCAAAUCUAAAAUUUAAAACUAAUCUUGCUUCAGUGUUAUUUGUCAUACAUUAUCAUACAUUAUCACUGAAAGACUGAGUAGAAAUCUUGGCUGAAAGUUGGGGGUUUUCUAAAAUCCUGACUGAAAUAUUUUCCUAGCAUCAAUAUUUGCCUGGCAUGUGUGCCUGCCUGCUAUAUAUAUAGGAAACUUAAGGCAUAAAAUUUUGGAAAUACCUUGUCUAUUCUAGACACAUUGUACUCAUCAACACCCCAUCUGGUUUCUUUCCUUAGGAUGUUUAUUAUUCCUUUUCAAAGAUAUAUUUUGAGUACUUAUAGAUCAUUGUCCCUUUUGAGAUCACUUAGUAUUUUUUUCACUGUAAAAGUUAGUAUUAAAAUAUGCAAGACUAUA